GCUCCCGACGUGUACUUUAGGCCGUCUCACGUCCCAGUCUCGAAGCUGCCCUGGCCCGACAGCCGAUCCUCGCCGCCUUUCGCCAUGUACCGACGGGAGCGCUUCAGGGGCAGGCGGCUCGACUACUACCACAACCUCUUGUACCGCACCGUGAUCGAGCACCAGAACCCCGUGACCGGGCUGAUACCGGGCCACAAGUUCUCCGACCACCACGCCUGGGUGCGCGACAACGUCUACUGCGUGCUCGCCAUGUGGGCCCUGUCCAUGGCGUACAAGAAGCACGCCGAACUCGACGACGACCGGGCCACGGCGUACGAGCUGGAGCACCGGUCGGUCAAGCUCAUGCGAGGUCUGCUCGUCGCCAUGAUUAACCAGAAGGACAAGAUCGAGCGCUUCAAGGAGACGCAGAACGCGAGCGACAGCUUGCACGCCAAGUACGACGCGGCCACGGGCGGCGUUUGCGUCGGCGACCAGGACUGGGGCCACCUGCAGAUCGACGCCACGUCGCUCUUUCUGCUCGUACUAGCCCAGCUCACCGCCGCGGGGCAGCAGAUCAUAUUCAACCUGGACGAAGUGGCCUUCAUCCAGAAUUUGGUCUUUUACAUCGAGAACGCGUACUGCAUACCGGACUACGGCGUCUGGGAACGGGGCGACAAGACCAACCAGGGAAUCCGGGAGCUGAACGCGAGUUCGGUGGGCGCCGCCAAGGCCGCGCUCGAGGCCAUGAGCGAGCUGGACCUGUUCGGUGUCCGGGGAGGGCCGGCCUCCGUGAUCCACGUUCUCUCUGACGAGACGCAGAAGUGCAACGCCGUGCUGCGUUCCAUGCUUCCGCGAGAGUCCAACUCCAAGGAGGUGGACGCGGCUCUUCUCACGGUAGUGGGCUUCCCCGCGUUCGCCGUGGACGACCCCGAUCUCAUACAGAAGACCCGAGUGACCAUCACGGAGAAGUUGCAGGGACAGUACGGCUGCAAGCGUUUCCUCCGGGACGGCUACAAGACGCCGCGCGAGGACUCUCGGAGGCUGCACUACGAGCCGUGGGAGCUGCAGGUGUUCGACAACAUCGAGUGCGAGUGGCCGCUCUUCUUCUGUUACUUCAUUAUCGACGCCUGCUUCCGCGAGGACCGGAACACCGUCGACGAGUACUCUGAGCUUCUCGACCGAGUGCUGAUCAAGACCGACGAUGGCCUCAGGCUGGUUCCCGAGAUGUACGCAGUUCCGGAAGAUGCGGUCAGCCGGGAGUUCGAGAAUCCCCACACUCAGACCAGGAUACCCGUCGGGGAGAUUCCUUUCAUGUGGGCCCAGUCACUUUACGUUUUAGGCAAGCUGCUGGAAGAAGGCUUUCUGGCACCCGGAGAGCUCGACCCGCUCAACCGGCGCUUCAAGUCGCUGCGGAGGCCCGAACUGGUUGUCCAGAUAGUUUUGUUGGCCGAGAACUCCGACGUGAAGGAGAAAUUUGCUAGCAUCUACCCGAACAUCGAGACGGUGGCCGAAGUUUACCCCUUCGAGAUCCAUCCGGCUCGCGUGCUUGGUGAACUGUACUCGUACCUCGGACAGAACCGCAAGAUGAACUUCUCCGGUCGCCUGUCCAAGGACGUCGGACUAGUGGCCACCAGCAAGAUAUACCAGCUGCAGGACCGCACGUGCGUCUUCAUGCCGCAGAACCUGGAUAGUAAAGAAUUCCACCUGGUCAACGACGUGGACCUGUUCGCCAGCACGCUUCGAUCGGACGUGGCCAUGCUGCGCGCCGACUGGAACGUGCCCGGACGACCCACCAUGGUGGUGACUCUCGGUACGCGGCAGCUCAUCCAAGGCAAGGUUCCCGUCAGCCUGCGCCAGACUCUAAAGAAGCUUUUGGGCGGCUACGUGCACGGUACACGCGUCUGCGUGAGCCGCAUUGGCGAGUUCAUCAGCACGUCGUGCGUGGCCAGCUUGGAUUUCCUCGCCAGUUACGAGGACGGCGAGCCGGACACUGUGCCCGUACCAAUCCGCGACUACCUGGACAGUGAGAUGAUGCGCUCCGCGCACUCGAGCAGCCCUCGCAAGUCGUCGCUCUUGGGUCGACGCAAGUCGCCCGCCUCGGGUCUCAUUCGGCGGUCGCGAUCGCUGACGGGCCAGGACACACCCGGCAGCGAAUUCAUGUUCGCGAUGGCUCACAGCGAUCUGUCCUCUGAGUCGCCUUCGCGGAUGAUUUCACGCCGGUCUUCGUACGACGACGGCCCCGUGCCGUUCCGUGCCGUCUCCGAGCUCCGACUCGAACAGGUCACCGACUGUGAGCUGCUGACCACCCUCCAGGAGACGGACUCGAUGGAGGAGCAGGGCGACAUCCUCCACUAUCUGUCCAUCCACAAGGGCUUCUACUGGGACACCGGUCUGGGGCAUCCCCAAUCGGUGGUCACCGUUUGGAACCUCUUCCAGGACUUCUACGAGCGCGCUUGCCUGGACCAUCGCUGGGGCCUGGUGCGCCACUUCGCGGGCGCCCUCGGCAAGCGAGUCGAGGACCUCGCCAAGUCCGUGACCGACCUGCUCGUGCGACAGAAGCAGGUGACGGUAGGCAUGCCGCCCCAGAACGAGCACGUCAUCACGAGGCCGCUCUCCAACAAGGAGCUCCGCAACAUCAUCAGCGAGGCGCACAGGGGAGACCAGAGCAUGGCCAUGCUCACGCAGGAGCUGCUCGCCUACCUGGCCAUGUUCAUCCAAACGGACCCACACCUGUUCCACGAGAUGCUGCGCCUGCGCGUGGGCCUCAUCAUCCAGCUGAUGGCGUCCGAACUGGCGCGCACCGUGGGAAAGAAGGACGCGGACACCGCCGAACUGCUGCUCAACCUGAGCCCCUACGAGACGCAGACCCUGCUGCUGGCCAUCCUGAGCGGCCGCGAGCUCUUGGGCUGUCGGUCCAUCUCGGCACCAGACUCGAGCCACGCGAGCUUCGCAACCUACAAGUACAAGCACUCCGUCGCGCAGACGUUCGUGUACGGACCCGAGAUGGUCGAGGGCGAAUUUGAAGCGCCGGCCGAUCACCAGCACGGCCAGUGGCUGCGCAGGAGGCGGCUUGACGGCGCGCUAAACCGCGUCCCAGUGGGUUUCUACUCCCGCGUCUGGGCCAUCCUCGAGCGCUGUCCCGGCGUCUGGAUCCGGGGCCAGUGCUUGCCGUGGGCUCUGACCAGGGAGAUGACUCCGGGCGAGUUCAAGUUCGCGCUGCGGGUCGAGGAGAUGCUCAACAGGAUUCCGGAGCCCGAGUACCGGCAGCUCCUGGUCGAGGCGCUCAUGGUGCUGAGCCUCGUCGUCGAGAACGAGACCGUGGAGAAGUUCCACGAGCCCCUGGACAUCGAGGGGAUCGUGCAGAGAGCUCACGCGCUGUACCUCGAGGACCAGCGGCUGUGCACGGGAGACUCGACGCUCUGCUGCUGCGUGUCCCCGCCCGUGGUCCCCUGUCAGGCCACUGUGGGGAUCUGCGAGCGCUUCUACGACUCUGCGCCCAGUGGCUGCUUCGGCACCAUGACGUACUUGGUGCGCGCGUUGGCGUGGACGUUGCACGAGCUGACGGGUCUGACGGACUGCACCAUGUCCUAG